AUGAGGAGGCGGUGGGGAUCACUCGCUCUGUGUCUGAUGGCUCUCUCCAGCGCAGUGGCAGCUUUCAGCACCAGUUACUGGUGUGUGGGACUGCACCGGGUGGUGAAGCCGGUCUGCCUGUCCCCGGCCAGGGUCAGCCACUGCCCCCCGGGGGACAGCACCCCGGCCCCGGCCCCCGCCCCGGCCAGGAACACUACCGCCCCCCCGGACCCCCCCCGGACCCCCCCGGACCGAUCCCCGGUACAGUACGUGUGGGAGUCGGGAGAGGAUCGAUUCUGGUUCCGCUACUUUCACACUGGAUAUUGGUGGUCCUGUGAGAGACACAGACGGCGGGAUAAAUGCCGCAGUUUUAUUGAUUUGACGCCGGAUUCAGAGCAAGGUGUGCUGUGGAUGGCCAUUGUGACAGAGUUCUUGCACAUCUCUCUCUUGGCCUUGGGUUUCCUGUUGAUGUGUUUGGAAUACUUCUUUCUCGCGAACGUCAUCAAAGCCAUGAAAAUCAACUCAUUUGCUGCCAUUUUCACCGUUUUAUCAGGGCUGAUGGGAAUGGUGGCUCACAUAAUGUACACCACUGUUUUCCAAGUUACCGUCACUUUCGGACCCAAAGACUGGAAACCGCAGUCCUGGGAUUACGGUUGGUCUUUCCUUCUCGCCUGGUUUUCUUUCAGCUGUUGUAUGGGGGCAGCAGUGCUGAGCCUGAACAGCUACACGAAGACCAUCCUGACCUUCAGACACCGACAGCAGAUCCUGGCGAGGAGCUUGGCUUCAGGCGAGGACUGCAUUGAGUUGUGUGACGAUGGCUUCCUGUGGGACCGCUCGCUCCUCACCGGCAGAGGGUCCCCGGCGCAAGCGAAGGGUAGCGAUGGUCAGAGCGACCCCACCUCACUGCCCGGCUCCACCGACCCGGGCGACGGAGCAAGUCUCUCCGACUCGAUGAGUGAAGCCCAGUGCUGAGGCGAAGAACCUCCUUCAAACCUUCUUCCUUGUGCGGCUCAUCUGACCCAGAACUCCGCCGCCCGUAAACUCACCCCCACCAAAAUUCCGUCCCCCCCCUCACCUCAGUCCUCAUCUGGCU